CCUUAAAUGAUCUGAAGCAUAUUGUUGAAUUGAGAAGCUGGAACAGUCGUACAUGGCUACCCAGUUCAGGUAGUCCGAGUGACCGUUCGUCAAGACUGUUAUUUUACAGCACGCCCGAUGAUCCACUCUUGCUGAUCAUUCGUCUUCCUCUCAUCCCAUUUAAAGGAGGCAAACAGCUUUUAUUCUCCUAAAAAAUCACACCUUUAUCUUCGAAACUUCUCCAAUCCCAUCCAGCUGGUAUAUUGUAAAGCUGAACCUCUUUGAAUAUUGACUGUCUGAGAGAGGAUGCAUCAAUUUCGUGGCAAAUUCAAGGCUUUCAUCAACAACAGAUGGCUGGUGUUUGUGUGUGCAAUGUGGGUUCAAUCCUGUGCAGGGAUUGGGUACUUGUUUGGCAGCAUAUCGCCAGUGAUAAAGAGCGCCAUGGGUUACAACCAGAGGCAGGUGGCCAUACUGGGUGUGGCCAAGGAUUUGGGUGAUAGUAUUGGGUUUGUGGCUGGAAGCUUGUCCGAGGUCUUGCCCAUCUGGGUGAUUUUGCUCAUUGGGGUGGUGCAGAACUUUGUUGGGUAUGGUUUGGUUUGGCUUGUCGUCGCGGGUAUAGUGCCUUCUCUGCCAUUGUGGGUGUUGUGCAUUGCUAUAUUUGUGGGAACAAACGGUGAAACCUACUUCAACACAGCUGCUCUAGUUUCUUGUGUGCAAAACUUCCCCAAAAGCCGGGGUCCCAUUGUGGGGAUAUUGAAGGGAUUUGCUGGACUGAGUGGUGCAAUUUUGACUCAGAUUUAUCUUAUGAUCAAUUUCCCUGAUCAAUCGUCACUCAUUUUCAUGAUUGCAGUCGGGCCAUCAAUAGUUGUUUUGGCCCUGAUGUUCAUUAUUAGACCUGUGGGAGGUCACAAACAAGUUAGACCAUCUGAUGGUAGAAGCUUCUUAUUUACCUAUAGUCUUUGCCUCAUUCUGGCUGGUUAUUUGCUGGGAGUGUUGCUGCUUGAAGAUCUGAUCGACUUGAAGCAAACUGUUAUCGUAUUACUGGCAGUUCUCUUAAUCAUUUUGAUACUGCUUCCUGUUAUAAUUCCUGUUCUAAUGGUUUUCUUCUCAAAGUCGAGACCUCCAGCAGAAGAGAGCCUUCUCUCUGAGCCACAGAAACAAGAAUCAGGUAACUCUGAGCAGGAUGGAAAUGAGGUUAUUCUUAGUGAGGUUGAGGACGAGAAGUCUCCAGAAGUGGACUUGCUUCCAGCAUCAGAAAGGCAAAAACGAAUUGCUCAUUUGCAAGUUAAACUGUUUCAAGCAGCUGCAGAAGGAGCCGUUAGAAUCAAGCGGAGAAAAGGCCCACGUAGAGGAGAGGAUUUCACCUUAUUGCAGGCAUUAAAAAAAGCAGAUUUUUUGCUUAUCUUCUUCUCCCUUGUACUGGCUUCUGGAACUGGUUUGACAGUUAUUGAUAACUUGGGUCAGAUUUGUCAAUCACUGGGAUAUACCAAUUCAGGUAUAUACGUAUCCAUGAUCAGCAUUUGGAACUUUCUUGGCCGUGUUGGUGGUGGCUACUUCUCUGAGCUUGUUGUAAGAAAGUUUGCAUAUCCUAGACCAGUGACAAUGGCUGUGGCUCAGGUUGUCAUGGCAAUUGGACUUUUCUACUAUUCCAUGGGAUGGCCUGGGCAAAUUUAUGUUGUCACCGUGUUGAUAGGGCUUGGGUAUGGUGCCCACUGGGCAAUUGUGCCAGCCUCAGCUUCUGAGCUAUUUGGACUGAAGAGUUUCGGUGCGUUGUAUAACUUUCUUACACUUGCCAGUACAGCAGGUUCUCUAAUAUUCUCAGGUGUCAUUGCUAGUGGUAUAUACGACUACUACGCAGAGCAGCAAGCUGCCGUCUCUCAGCAAAUAUCCACAGCCAUGCUUGCAGUACCUCUUCAGGAUGACGACGUACUUACUUGUGAGGGUUCCAUAUGCUAUUCCAUCACGUUUGGGAUCUUGUCUGGACUUUGCAUUGUUGCAACAGCCUUGAGCAUGAUUGUUGUUUAUCGUACAAAGAGUGUUUAUGCCCAACUCUAUGGAAACUCUCGCACUUGAGUCGCAAGAAGAGGAAACCCAUUAGUGCGAGAAGGGUGCCAAGAAUUCUGCAUUCUUACCAUAUGGCUGAAAAUCUUUUAAGUGGAAAGUGUAGAGCAGAAAAUAUUAGCAGUGCAUGGUUACACAUAAGCUGGGGACGAGCAAUCAAGCAAGUUCUACUGCUAACUAUCGUCUGUUAAUUAUGGGAACCAAGACCUGCAUAGGUUUUCUGCUUGGAAUGUUGGUUGAAGUACGUGCUUGUUUUGGGCAUAUAAUUAUCAUAAAUAAUUCUUGUACUUGUAAAAUACAAUUUUUUCUUUCAUUAUCUGUUGGAUGAUCCCUCUCUUUCCAUCUGUUUUUCCCUAUUUUUGAAAAUAAAGUACAAUUUUGUUGAUUCA